AAACUCAUAUCCCGCAAUCCCGCCAUUGUUAUUUGUCAGGUCACGUGACUUCUACUACUCUUCGUACUCCAAACUCCAUACCGUAGUAUUUCAUUAUUUUGUAUUCUGGUAAAGUUGUAUUUAUUUUAAUAAAUUGCAUGAGUUAGGGAAAAAUAUAAAAAUGGAGACUAGAAAGUUGAUAGAUUUUCUAAGAGCGACAAUCGACCACAAUCAACAACAGCAAGCCGAACAACAACUCAACCAGGUACACAAAAUAAUAGGAUUUGCUCCAUCACUUCUUCAAGUCGUUGUGAUGGCAGAUGUCGACAUGCCUGUUCGACAAGCAGGUGCUGUGUAUUUGAAGAAUCUCAUAAUGCAAAAUUGGGCUGACAAGGAGGUGGAACAAGGACAGCCUCUGCCGUUCACUCUGCACGAGCAAGACAGAGCGAUGAUUCGCGACGCCAUUGUUGAUGCUGUUGUCCACUCUCCUGAACUUAUUAGGAUACAGUUGUCCAUUUGUGUGGGCACCAUAGUGAAGCAUGACUUUCCAACUCGUUGGACUCAAAUAGUUGACAAAAUUAGUAUAUAUUUACAAAAUCCAGAGGCUACAGGCUGGUCUGGUGCGUUGUUGUGCCUAUACCAAUUGGUCAAAACUUAUGAGUACAAGAAAUCGGAAGAACGUGGUCCUCUGAAUGACGCUAUGAACUUGCUGCUACCAAUGAUUUACCAAUUAUGUGUCCGCCUCCUCCCCGACCAAUCUGAACAAUCUGUUGCACUCCAGAAACAAAUUUUAAAAAUUUACUUCGCCUUGACUCAAUACGUGCUGGCCCUGAGCCUGAUAUCAAAGGAGACGUUCUCGCAGUGGAUGGAGAUAGUGCGCGCCAUCGCCGACCAGCCAGUGCCCGAGCAGACCAACGUGGUGGAUGAGGAGGACCGCGAGGACCUGCCCUGGUGGAAGUGCAAGAAGUGGGCGCUACACAUUCUACAAAGGAUGUUCGAACGGUAUGGCAGUCCAGGAAACGUAGUGAAGGAGUACGAAGAAUUCGCCAAUUGGUAUCUGAAAACGUUUUCAGGCGGAAUUUUAGAAGUGUUAUUGAAAAUUUUGGAUCAAUAUAGAAGAAAACAGUAUGUCUCACCAAGAGUUCUACAACAAACAUUGAAUUACAUCCAUCUCGCUGUCAGUCACUCACAUUCAUGGAAGUUCCUAAAACCACACAUGUUUGCAAUCAUUCAAGAAGUUCUCUUCCCUUUGAUGUCGUAUUCAGCUGCUGACGAAGAACUUUGGAAUUUGGACCCCCACGAAUACAUCCGUGUCAAAUUUGAUAUUUUCGAAGAUUUUGUGUCGCCAGUGGUGGCAGCACAGACGUUGUUGCACUCUGCAUGUAAAAAGCGCAAAGACAUGCUACAAAAGACAAUGCAUUUGGUAAUGCAAGUGCUGACUGCACCAAUUGCUGAGCCUCGUCAAAAGGAUGGAGCUCUUCAUAUGGUUGGAGCAUUGGCUGAUGUACUAUUGAAGAAGAAACUGUACAAGGAUCAAAUGGACAAAUUGUUGUGCCAGUACGUCUUUCCUGAGUUCGACAGCCCUCGUGGUCAUAUGCGAGCUAGGGCUUGUUGGGUGCUGCACUACUUCAGCGAGAUCAAGUUCAAGCAGGAGGAGAUCCUGGUGGAGGCGAUCCGCCGAACGGUGAACGCGCUGCUCAACGACCAAGACCUGCCUGUCAAGGUCGAGGCGGCCAUCGCCGUUCAGAUGUUGCUCUCCGACUACCAAAUAGGGUCUAUGAAGCUUGCCCCGUCAAAUACCAAAUCAAUUUUCAUUUUAAGGAUCAAACCGAUAACAUUGGAACUGCUGAAGAUAAUUCGUGAAACUGAAAAUGAUGACUUGACUGGUGUCAUGCAGAAAAUUGUUUGUAUAUACAGUGAACAACUCACUCCAAUUGCUGUAGAAAUCUGUCAACACCUGGCGACAACGUUCAGUCAAGUGAUCGAAACCGACGAAGGAAGUGACGAGAAGGCGAUCACCGCCAUGGGACUGCUCAGCACAAUCGAAACUCUACUCACUGUUAUGGAAGAACAACCCGACAUCAUAGCACAACUCGAGCCCACAGUUCUUCAAGUCGUUGGUCACAUUUUCUCCCAGAGUGUUAUGGAAUUCUACGAGGAGGCUCUCUGUCUAGUCUGUGAUUUAACUAGUAAAAAAAUUUCUCCCGACAUGUGGAGAGUUCUGGAACUAAUGUACACGGUGUUCCAAAAAGACGGUUUGGAUUACUUCACGGACAUGAUGCCAGCGCUGCACAACUACGUGACAGUGGACACACCGGCAUUCCUGUCCAACGAGAACUACCUGCUGGCCAUGUUCAACAUGUGCAAGCAGAUACUCAGCGCCGACGCCGGCGAAGACCCCGAGUGUCAUGCCGCCAAGCUGCUCGAAGUCAUCAUACUGCAGUGCAAGGGACUCAUUGACCAGUGUAUUCCGUCGUUUGUGGAGCUGGUGCUGCAAAGGCUGAUGCGAGAAGUGAAGACGUCGGAGUUGCGGACGAUGUGCCUUCAGGUGGUGAUUGCCGCGCUCUACUACAAUCCCCACCUGCUCUUCGAGACCAUGGACAAACUACAGCUGUCGGUGCCCUCCACCGAGUCGUUGGCGUCGCACUUCAUCAAGCAGUGGAUUCACGACACUGACUGCUUUUUAGGAUUACAUGAUAGGAAACUGUGUGUUCUUGGCCUAUGUACAUUACUCACAAUGUCGCCUCAAAGGCCAAAAGCUGUUAACGAAUGCGUCUCAGAAAUAGUUCCUUCUUUAAUUCUUCUCUUCGAUGGCCUUAAAAGAGCUUACACAGCCAAAGCUCAAGAAGGGGAUGAAGAUGAGGAAGAUGAAGAAGAGUCUGACAUUGAUGAAGUGCUGUCGAGCGACGAAGACGACAUCGACUUUGAAAACCAAGACUACCUGCAAGCACUGCAGUCGCAGGUGACGAAGAGCAAGAAGGCGCAGAACAGCCAGUUCAGCAUCACGGCCACCAUUCAGGACCUGCCCGACGAUGACGAGGAUGACGAUGACGAUGCCGACUAUGAGCCGACCGAGGAGACGGCGCUGGAGAGCUAUACCACGCCCCUCGAUGACGAUGACUGUGCCAUUGAUGAGUACGUCGCUUUCAAGGAGGUUCUCCAGACUCUCCAAGUGAACGACCCUGCAUGGUACGCAGCACUGACCGGACAUUUGACUGCUGAACAACAGGAGGCACUCAAAGAAGUGAUCGUUCUCGCCGAUCAGAGGAAAGCAGCAGCCGAGAGCAAGAGGAUAGGACAGAGUGGCGGAUACGCUUUCGUUCAGCAAACAGUACCAACAUCAUUCAAUUUCAGUGGCUCCCCUUUGGGACGAUAAAAUAUCUAAUGGAUGUGUAUUAACAAAUUGUUAGGUUUUUUAAAUAAUAGAUUUGUACAGGAAAAAAUUGUGAACUGAUGGAUCUUUUUGAAACACAGGAACGUGUGUUUAUUCUUGACGAUUGCCAGAGAAAAGAGUUGAGAAAUGACUGCUAAAAUCAUGUUUCGGGAAUGUAUAGUGAUCCGGUAGAUUUUAAGGUUUACUACAAAUGAUUGUAUCUACAGGAUGUGGAUGUUACAGAUUUUGUAUUAUUUAUUUCAUUGUUAUCCUUGGUAACUUCUUGAAGAGUGCAGUGACAAUUCGACGCUUGGUCACAUUAGGAGGAGAUGUGUGUUAAGUUUUUAUACAUUUUGUUGUUCAUGUUUAACUCGAUGACUCUUACCAAAAUGUUACUUUUGUUUUUUGACACUCUUGCUUCAACCAUCAUUGUACAGUCAUACAACACAUGUGUGGUUGUGCUAGCUUGAUUUUGCUCACAGAUUAUCGUUAUAUCGUUACAUCAUUGUCGUCAUCAUUGAUUUUCUACUAUUUUUGUCGAAUUUUUAAUAUCUUGUUCCAGUGUUUAUUGAAGGAUAUCAUACAUUAUAGCAUGUACUUUCCUCUCAAACGCAGUUGCUUUAUUUUCUCUCUCAUUUAUUAUGAGUGUGUAAAAAUUGGCAGCUAUACUGUAAAGCUUAAAUAUUAAAAAUCAUUUUAUUUUUCCUGAAA